AAGCUUGGUUCGUGACGGUUCGUGGUUGUUCGACACCCGACCCGAGCAGCCAGAGCGUCUUGCGUUGAAGGUAGUCAUGUCGGUGAAGGGGGAUGCCUCGACGGACCUGCGAGCGUUGCAGAACUCCUUCCAGAGCAUGAAGAUGGAUUCUGGCAAGUCGGAAGACGGCUCUAAGAAGACGUCCUUCACCUACAACGCCGAGCGGGUCCUGGGAAGCGGCUCCUUUGGAGUCGUCUACCAAGCCCAGGUGGUGGAGACGGGUGAAUCGGUUGCCAUCAAGAAAGUCUUCCAGGACAAGCGCUACAAGAACAGGGAGUUGCAGAUCAUGAAGGAGUUGAAGCACCCAAACGUGGUGGAGCUGAAGCAUGCCUUCUACACCUCCGGUGAGAAGCCGGGUGAGACAUAUUUGAAUGUGGUGAUGGAGUAUUGCUCUGACACGAUCUACCGUGUCAUGAAGCAUUACAGCAAGAUGAAGCAGCCAGUCCCGCACAUCUUCGUGCAGCUUUAUUCCUACCAGAUGGGCCGCGCAUGUGCGUACAUCCAUGCAGUUGGGAUUUGCCAUCGGGACAUCAAGCCGCAAAAUCUCUUGGUGGAUGGACACACCCACGCCUUGAAGCUUUGUGACUUUGGCUCGGCGAAGCCCUUAGUACGAGGAGAGCCCAACGUGGCCUACAUUUGCUCGCGCUACUACCGCGCGCCCGAGCUGAUCUUUGGGGCCACGGACUAUGGAUUUGUGAUCGACAUUUGGUCGGCCGCCUGCGUUUCGGCCGAGCUCAUCUUGGGGCACCCCAUGUUCCCAGGCGAGAGCGGUGUCGACCAGCUGGUGGAGAUCAUCAAGGUUUUGGGCACACCGACGCGCGAGGAGCUCAUGGCGAUGAACCCCAAUUACACAGAGUUCAAGUUCCCGCAGAUCAAGCCACACCCAUGGCACAAGGUCUUCCGCUCCAGGACCUCCCAGGAGGCCGUGGACUACAUCUCCAAGCUGUUGGUCUACGACCCGAAGCUACGCCCCACAGGCCUGCAGUGCUGCACCCACGCGCUUUUCGAUGACCUGCGCGACCCCAACACGCGCAUCAGUAGCUCCAAGCCGCUGCCGGAACACCUCUUUAUUUUCUCCAAAGAGGAACUGGCCUUGAUGGACCCGGACAUGCAGCGGAAGCUGAUCCCUGCGUGGUUUGCGUCCAAGGAGAAGAAGUCGGACUCCAAGGCGUCGGUCCCCACUGUGCCCUGAGGCAGUGGAAACGGCCGAGCGUAGAGCGGACCGGAAGAAAAAGCAGCGAAAAACGACUGAGACCGACUGACCGGGAUGGAGAAAAUACAUGGAAACUAUGAAACGAAUCGCCUGAAAGAGAGACGGGUUGAUGUUUUGCUGGAUGGUUGGAGCAACAGGCCCGAAUCCUGUGGAGAGUUUGUUUUCUGUAUUUUGC